AUGUGUUCUAAUCUGAGUCUGGAGAACAAACUGGAGGCCCUGCAGUGCCAUUUCAACUGGAAGCUCAAUCCUGGAAUUGAGAGACUUACUAUUAUACUGCACACCCUGGAGGACAUUGACACAGAGGAGGGAAAUUUCUGGCUGGGUCACAUCUACAACCUGCAGGGGUACAUCCAGUACAAGCUGGGCUCCUCUGAAAAGGCCCUGAGCAUCUGCAGCCGAGCCACUAAGACCUUCCAGCAGCUUAAAAACUCUGAUGAAGGUCCCUGGUUGAUCGUGAACUUUGGGAAUCUGGCUUGGCUGCAUCAUCUUAUGGGUGAAGAUGAGAAAAGUCAGGAUUAUCUGUCAAAGGUUGAAGCUCUGAUGAGUAAAUACAAGGCUCCACCUGAGCAAGAGCUCCACCCAGAGGUCUGUGCUGAGAAGGCCUGGGCCCUGAUGAGGUUUGACAAGGAGAAGGCUGCAGAGCUCUUCCAGAGAGCCAUAGAAAUGCAGCCAGAAAACAUAGAAUGGCAGAGCAGCUGUGUGAUAUUAUCAGCAGAGGCCUUCUGGGGCAACAUGAACAAAAUGACUCCUGAUGUCCUGGAGAAACUGAGAUCUGCCACAGAACGAGAUCCAGAAAACCUAUUUGUGGCUGUUCUUUAUUUGGAGGCACGAGCUGCAAAAGGAGAACAAAUUCGGAAUGAAGCUAUAAGAUUGGCUGAAAAGGUCCUGGAGAGGUCUACAAGCCGUUACAAUGGCAUUACCCCACUACUACGUCUGUACAGAAAGUAUAUGUCUAAAGAUGAAGCUAUUGAGUUAGCUGAGGAGGCCCUGAAGAGACAUCCUGACUCACGUGUUUUAAAGAGAUGUGCAGCUAUCUGCUACGUGAAGAAGAUUUUUUCUCCAGGCUUCGACCCCAAUACUUCAAGUGGAACAAUCACUCGAGCCAUCACUCUCUGGGAGGAAAUGUUGGAGCUCUAUGGGGAAUCUAAACUUAAAGACCAAAUAACUCUAAGAAAUCUAUACGCAAAGUUAGAUGAGAUUAAAAAUGAAUCCAGUUAG